GUCAAUUUCGGUAAACGCUUUUUAGUAAAAUUAUGGCCGGCGAAGUUGUUGUCGACGCUCUACCCUAUUUUGACCAAGGUUAUGACGACCAGGGUGUUAGAGAAGCGGCAUUGGCAUUGGUAGAGGAGGAGACGCGGAGGUAUCGGCCUACCAAGAAUUACCUAGAAUACCUGCCACAAGCUCAUUAUAACCAGUUUGAGACUGAGAUAAUGAAAACAGAGUUUGAACGUCUCCAGUCUCGACUGCCAAUGGAAAUGAUGAGUAUGAAGCGUUAUGAGCUGCCCCAGCCUCCACCAGGAAAGAUGACCGACGUAUCGUCCUGGACAGAAUGUGUGGACAACUCACAGGCUCAGCUCGAACACCAGGCCCUUAGGAUAUUGAACUUAGAGCUUCUACAAGAGUAUGGCAGUCAUUCGUGGAAAUCCUACAAUGAAACCCUGGUGAAACUGUUAGAGUCUGCACAGAAACAGUUAGCUGAGUUAAAAAAAAAGAUACAAGAAAUAAACUGGCAGAGAAAGAAUGAGCAGUCACAAGCUGGUGGGAAGUUGAAAGAUCUUGAAAAUAGCUGGGUAGGACUUGUCAGUAAGAACUACGAGAUUGAGCGAGCCUGUGUAGAGAUGGAAAAAGAGCAUGCUGAACUCGAGAAACAGAAAAAGUCUGUUAGAGGGUCUUGAACACAGGAAGGACAGAGUUGGACCUUCGAUCUCGUAUGAACAUUGCAGCACAUAGCGACCCCUAAUAUAAGAAAGUGAAUGCUUGGAUUUUUACAAUACAGGUCAUUGAGACUUUGUUAUUACUAUGCCAGAGUUGCCUUCAUCGUUUAAAUGAACAAAAUUGCACAAUUUAUAAUACACCAACUUAUUCAUGGGUUUGAAUGAGGAUACAUGUAUUUGUUAACAGCUUUUAUACUUUCCCAGUAUAACUAUGCUGAUGAAUAUCUUUUGUGAAUAUAUUCAUCACAGGAAAUUCAUAGUAUGAUGUCCAUUCAUAAUUGCAUGUUGAACUAGCAUAAAUAGAAGUUACAGGACUGUACAAGUAUCUUUUGAAAACAUCAAAUUGAAAUGCUGACUUUUUAGUGUAAUAUUUUGUCAUUCUACAUGUAUGUCAUGAUGUGUUAUUUAGUAGAGAAUAAACGAUUUAAAUGUU